CACGGUGAUGGUAGGGUGUCUGCUCUCGGUGCUCCGUCUACGACUGCAAACCAACGUGCUUUGCGGUUGAUGCACUUAACCCUUGGUCUCUAUAAAGAAGGAAGUGGAAACGUCUGGUAGACAAGGAUUACACGAAAAAAGCAUUCGGACGAGAAAAAACCCAGCAUGCAGCGAGUGAUGUCGUUCGACAGGUGGCUCGGAUAGUCCGAAGAUGAAGGCACUUUGGUGGCGGGCGUUGCUGCUGACUCUGCUGGGUUCCGCCUCGGCCCUUCACAACAACCGCCCGCCCAGGUUCAUGAUCGAUGGCCAGACUGAAAUCGUACUUCGUCUUAAAGAGGGCACGCCAGCAGGAAGCCUCAUUUACCGCCUCCGAGGUUUCGAUCCUGAUGGUGACACUUUGACGUUCGGCGUGCGAGAACAGGCUGGUCAAGAAAUUUUACGAAUCGUCCGAAUUAACGACUACGAAGCCCACAUCUACUUGCGAAAAGAGCUAGAUCGAGAGUUGAAGGACGAAUACGCCCUUGUCCUGACAUUGACGGACGGUCGUCUCGGCGAGGGAAAUUUCAUCACGCAGAGUCUGCUCAUCAUUGUGGAGGACGUGAACGACAACGCGCCCAUUUUCAAGCCGUACCAAGCGUCCAUCUCCGUCCGAGAGGACAGUCCGCCCCGCGUCCUUGCAGAACUGGAGGCCACGGACCUGGACGAAGGGCCGUACGGACAGGUGGUUUACUCGCUCGGCGAACUGGACGGCGAGGAGGGCAUGUUCUCCGUGUCCACCAUCAACGGGCGCGGAGUGGUCAAGCUGGUCGGUCAGCUCGACUACGAGAGAAAGUUUUUGUACCAAAUCAAAGUUUUGGCCACGGACCGGUCCAAUAAUGAACGAGUAAAUACUGGCACGGCUGCUCUGCUUAUUAGAGUGCAGGACGUCGAGGACCAGCCUCCGGAAUUUGUGUCCGUGCCCCCAGUUACCAGAGUUAGCGAAGACACGCGAAUCAACUCACCCGUUUUGAAAGUUAAAGCCAUUGAUGGAGAUCGUGGAGUCAAUAACAAGAUCACUUACGCCAUAACCAGAGGCGGAGCGGGGAUUUUCGGAAUCGACUCAAACACGGGGAUUGUGUACAAUCUGCGGCCCUUGGACAGGGAGGACCCGAAAAAUAGCAACGGCGCCUACAUCUUGGAGAUAACGGCCAAAGAAGAGUCUCGCGCCUUGUCUUCGGCGCCGACUGCCAAAACGGAGGUUACCAUCAUGGUCAUGGACGUUAAUGAUGAGGCGCCACGCUUCAGGAGCGCCGCGUACGUCUGCGAGGUGAAUGAAGGUGCCCAGGCAAACUCGCCUCUCACCUUUCUGGGCAACACCAAGCCUGAAGUGUUCGACCAUGACCAAGGAAAUAAUGGAACUUUCCAGUUAUUUUUGAACGGCGAUAAGGGUGUCUUCGAAGUGACACCGCGAGAAGGGAUCAACGAAGCGUCCUUUUUAAUUAGGGUUAAAAACCCAGCCAUGCUUGAUUAUGAGCAAGUGAAAUCCAUGAAUUUCACGAUUGUUGCCAAAGAAACUGUGCCAAAUAACCCCAAAUAUAGUUCAGUGCCUGUCACCGUCUUCAUCAGAGACGUGAACGACAAUUUUCCAGAAUUUACCGAGCCGUUUUAUGAGGUUUCUGUUCCCGAAAACUCUAAAAUGGGAACCACUGUUGCCUGGGUGCAAGCCAUGGAUGAAGAUUCAGGCAAUUUCGGCACGCAGGGCAUCAGGUACACGAGCGUCGGAGGAACGUCCGCAGAAAUUCUACACUUGGAUGCCAUUACCGGCGUGAUUACCAUCAAGUCUAACGACAUCUCCUUUGACCGUGAAUUGAUCUCAAGACACUACCUGACUGUCGAGGCACGUGACGAUCUCGGCAGAGGAAACAGAAACACGGUGCAGCUCACUUUGAACAUUUUGGAUGUCAAUGACAACGCGCCCGUCUUCGCGCAGGACAAAUACGAGGCGAAAAUCGUGGAAAACAGUGAUGAUUUUAAUCCACCACUCUUUAUCGAGGCUUACGACGAAGAUCUCAACGGGACGGCAAACACUGAAAUUUACUACAGUAUUGUGGCUGGAAAUGCUCUGCGAAAUUUCACAAUCGACGCGGUUACUGGCAGGGUGCGACCUUCGAGUUUGAUUGACUUUGAAAAACUUCCUGGCUCGAGUCAGAACGGCGUCAGGGCGAUGAACUUGGUCAUCAGGGCGCAGGACAGAGGAGAACCGAAAUCUCUAUUUUCUGAAGUUUCACUCAUUGUGUACGUGCAAGACGCAAACGAUCACGCGCCGAGAUUUGAGAAAAUGCACUACACGGCCAGCAUACCUGAAGACCUUGAAGGAGGAAGCCCUGUCGUUCAGGUGCAUGCUUACGACUUGGACGGAUCUUCGCCUAAUAAUCUCGUUGCCUAUCGUUUGAUGUCAGGCGCCGGAGACAAAUUCAUCAUCGAUUCCGACACCGGUGCCAUUUCAGUGGCGCCGGGGGCAAGCCUGGAUCCGGACAAGACGGACCCCAAGACCGACCUUUACGUGCUCAAAGUCCUGGCCAUCGACGGUGGCCUCGGCAAGGAGCAAAAGUCGGCAGAGGUCAUUGUGGAGGUGCAAAUCGAGGACGUGAACAACAAGGCGCCGCAGUUCAUUGACCCCGGAACGAUCGCCGUGAGGGAAAACGUGCCGGUCGGCGAGAUUAUUUACCGCAUCAGGGCGGUCGACCUGGACGCGAGACCUGUGCUCAGGUACUACAUCGACCCUGCGAAGAGCGAGGCGCGGAAUGAGGAGGGCAUCAGGGUCAAGCAAUCCGACUACAAUUACACAGCCGUGUUUGAAGUCAGCCCAUCCGACGGAAUUAUCAAGGUGGCCAGAGGGCUGGACAGGGAAAAGGUCGACUUGAUCAGAUUGGCCCUGAGGGUUGAGGACUUGGCUGCGACGAAAGAACCGCAAAUCGCCACAGCCUACUUGACCAUUUUGGUCGAUGACGAGAACGACAACAACCCAAAGUUCCGGCUGCCUCACUACCAACGUUCCAUCACCGAAAACAGCAAGAUAGGCGUCGUCAUCAUGCAUGUGACGGCUGACGACGCCGACAAAAACCGCACCAUCCGCUACUCCAUCGAAGGUCCACACACCGACCUGAUCUCCCUCGAUUCAGAAACGGGCGAGGUUCACGUCGGCAGCAAAAUCGACCGCGAGUUGCAGUCCUGGAUCAACGUGACCAUCAGAGCGACGGACAAUGGAGUGCCGCCGCGGUUCAGCUUUGCCGAGUGCUACAUUCAGAUUUUGGAUGAAAAUGACAACAAUCCGUUUUUUGUCGGCGAUAUUGUGAACAUUACUGUGAGGGAAGACGCACCUUUGGGGACAGAAAUCGCCCGACUGGAAGCUAGAGAUGCGGAUGCAGGCGAUUUUGGAAAAAUUACUUACUUGCUGGAUCGAAUUUCCUCAGGGGGAAAAUUUCGAAUAAAUCCGGACACGGGUGUUUUGAACAUUUCCGAGGUGCUGAACAGAGAAGAGAGGAGUUUUUACACCUUGAUUAUUGAAGCCUGGGAUAAUUAUCAAUUCGGCUACCAAUCCGGAGAGAGUCGAAACGCAUUCAAGCAAAUUGGGGUGAAUAUUGUGGAUGUCAAUGACGAGGCGCCCGUAUUUGAGAUAUUUGAUGGGUGCGCCAGCAUCACCGAGUUUCACCCCAUUGGCGAAUUAAUUACCGUGGUGAAGGCGCACGAUAAAGACGAUCCGUUAACUCCAAAUGGAAGGAUGGUCUUCUCUAUUGUUGGUGGAAAUGAACAAGGCUUGUUUGAGAUUGAAAAUUUGGACUUUUCGAGUGCGAAAAUAACCGCUGGCAGAACUCUCAAGGCCCUCUAUGGAAACUACACCCUCUCUGUAAAAGCCCAGGAUCUGGGAAUGCCGCCAAACGAGGCCACGACGGAAGUUAGGAUUUGCGUCACUGACUUUAACGACAACGCGCCCCGCUUUCUUUCACCCCCGCAUAAUUACACGGUCAUCGUUCCCGAAAACGCCACAAUCGGCACUCCGGUGAUUGAAGUCCACGCCAUUGACGACGAUAUUGGAGCCAACGGGGCUGUUCGAUAUCGAAUCAAGCAAGACCCACUAGGCCAUUGGCGAACCUUUGACAUCGACCACGUUACAGGGCUAAUUGAGCUGAAGGAGCUUUUGGAUCGAGAGAGGCAGAAAAUUUAUGAAAUUCGUGUCGAGGCUUACGACCUGGGAAUUCCAACACCUUUAUCAUCCGACUUGGACUUGAUGAUAUACGUGCGAGACGUUAAUGAUUUUGAGCCCCAAUUCGUGAAGGACAAAGUCCUUGUUAAUUUUACCGAACACGCACUUCCUGGAGAGGAACACGUCAAGUUGCCUGACACGAUAGACAGGGACGAAAUCGAUCUGCUCGAUGGUCCUCCGCCACCUGUUUGCUACUUUAUCGUGGGAGGCGACGCGGCUGAAAAAUUCCACCUCGAUGCGUACACUCACGAACUUACAGCUGUUAAGGAGCUUGACAGGGAGGAACAGGCCAAGCACGAGCUCCUUGUCAGAGCGACCGAAAACUGUCACGAAACGCCCGCGAUUUCACAGACGGGAGAUUCUAAUAAUUCCAACAAUUCGCUGCUUCGCGUUUCCGUCAACGUGAAAGACAUCAACGACAACGCACCCAAAUUUGUCAAACACAUUUUCACCGGCGGCUUCACCACGGAGACUGACUACGGAACGGAAUUCAUGCGCGUCAAAGCGAUCGAUUUGGACGCCCCUGAGCACGGAAACGUCAGUUACUACCUCAGUGGAAAUGUCAAAAUGACCCUGAGCGAGGGUCUGGAACAUGUCAAAAGGUCACCGUUUAUGGUUGACCGCGAAACCGGAGGGGUCAUCCUCAACUUUGACCCACAGAGAGGAAUGAAGGGCUAUUUUGAAUUCAUGGUGAUUGCAAAUGAUACGGAUGGCCUUCAGGACAAGGCCAUUGCCCUGGUUUAUUUGCUCAGGGAGGACCAGAGGGUGCGAUUUGUGUUGAGGCAACACCCUGGAGAAGUCCGAGAGAAAAUCGAUAAAUUCAGAGAUGUUCUUGGAAACGUCACGGGGGCAAUUGUGAACGCGGACGAUUACAAGGUGCACGUGAAUAGUGAUGGAACGGUGGACAAAACCAGAACGGAUCUCUACCUCCACUUGGUGGACAAAAGGAACAACUCGAUAAUGGACGUGGCCGAAGCGCUGAGAAGGGUCGAUCUCAACAUUGAAAAGCUUGAUGCACUUUUCAAGGAGUUUAACGUGCUGGACACGCAACCUGCAGAAGCUCAAGCUUUGAGGGCCGAGCCUGAGAACAUGUUGCUCUUUUACUUUUUCUUUGCCACCGUUUUUCUAAGCAUCCUCUUGGUUUUGACUUUGUCCCUGUGUUUGGUGCAACGGACCAGAUACUUGAGGCAAAUCAAAGCCGCCACCGUAAAUGCUUUUGUUGGUGCGACCCCAACCGUUCGACUCUCAGGCAGAGCCGGAAGAGUGCCGAACACAAACAUGCACAGCACCGAGGGUUCCAACCCCAUUUGGAUGCAAGCCUACGAAAACGAAUGGUACAAAUCCGACGAGGAGGUCGAGCACGGCUCCACAGAGCAAGCCUCGGAGCAGGACUCGCUGGACGACAAUGCAAUAACCUCGGAGGAAACGUGUGGGGAGAGUCACGAUGACACCAACUCGACACCACCCGUCAGCCGCUCAAACAAUAAACAGACCAUCUUUUUUGGCACCGAACGAAGGAUGAGCAAUAUUGUGGUGACGCAGGAGUCAUCCAGCGAGGUCAAAGAAAAUAAUGAACUUAACAGAGGAACCUUCCAUCAGAAUCUGUACACGCAUUUUGAGAAGCUCUCAAGUCCUUUCGGAAGAAAACUUGAGACGACGGAAUUGUGAAUAAUUAUCUCAAUAACUGUGCAAUUUAAUUGUAUAAAUAGAUCAGUAAGAUUUUUUAAGAGUACAUCGAAUUUUUAAAAGAUUUUUAAACGCGUGCUUGUGUUCUGAUAAUUUGUAAAUUUUGUAUUUAGAUCGAUAAUUUUGAUUAAUUUCUUUGUGUAAAUAUUAGAAAUAAAUAUAUUUAUGA